UGAACAGUAAUUCAUCGUCAGCAUUAUUCCAUCACUUUCGACUUGUAAGUAUCAAGACAAACCCAAUGUGCAAUUUUGCGUAUGUAACUUAAAAAGAAGCUACAUGGUUGGUUGGGAAAGAAAUAAGUAAACGACAAACAUUUAGAUAUAUUCCACGUGAAGUCCACUGGACUCCAGAUAAACUCCACAUCAUCCCACCCUUUUUCCACCAAAAAAAAAAAGUAGUUGUAUCCAACUAUAUCGUAGACAAUCAAAACCAGACCGUGGAAAAAAAAUCUGGUGAACAGCAACUCUACCUGUAGAACCGUUGGGCAUUUUGACUUGGAGGAGGAACAAUAAUUUCCGCCUGCAUCUGAAGGGCCGCCAAAGCCAAGAUUUCUCAUAAAGGGGAAAUUAAGAGUCUUGCAACGGUUAUGAAUCAUGAUUACGGUGUUUCAUUGUCCAAGGAAAUGCAUUUUGUUGUUGACUCACACUGAUUUGGAGACAGGAGUCGGCGGCCUUCUACAAUCCACGGCCCCAUCCACCGCCGCCCCGCCCCCAAGUUCCCUAUGGUUGUGAGUCAAACCAAUGAUUGAGGAACAGGUUGGAAGGAUUCACUGAUUCCAAGCUUGAAUUUGAGCUUCUAAAACGAAGAGUCUGCCUUUUUUUUUUCCCCCAUUGUGCACACAAGUGCUGGAAUCAAAUUCCUUCUUGAUUCACAAAUACCUUAUCUGCCAGUUCUGAUUAAUUAUUUGAUUUGAUUUGAUGUUGACUGAUUGGGUGAAGCACAUGGUCCCCGAAGCCAUUACAUAAUAAUAAUAAUAUAAAAAAAUUGGGUGCGCCAAAAACGUGUCCCAAAAAGUUGGCGGUUCUUCAGUUGUGUAAAAAGCAAAAAAGGGGAAAAAAAAAAAAAAAAAAAACGUUUCGUAUGAAGCAUGAGGUAAUUAAUUGAAGAGAUCUGAAAUCCAUGUAGAUGACUUAGAUGAGCAGCGGCACCACCGGCAAAAGUUAUCCAUGAAGAGAGUCGUAGUCAGAUUCAGAUGUGAGGGAAACGCAACACACGUGGCGGCAGAACGUCUGAGCCUUAAAAAACUACCACCCACAUCCACCACCACUCUCCACCUCCCAACCUUCAACAUUCCUCUUUCCCUAAACCCCAAUUUUUUGCUGGAAUCGGUGGGCACCAGGAAUAAGUUUCUAUUCCCGAAAUGGAUAAUCCAACCCGGAAUAGGAAUAAUCUCGGGCGCCAUUCCAUGCCCAAGAACGUAAUAAAGCAAUAGAUGUCUCCUCCAGCUGCUUCCACCACUUGUCAUCGCACAUUGACAACUACUGCUACUCCUCCUCUCCCAGAAUCCGAUUCGUUCUUUCACCCACCACCACUCCCCAUAUGUCUAUUUAAAUCCACCAUGCGAAUUCCCAAGAAACCCGUUUCCUUUUGCCUCUCUUUCUUUUCUUCUCAGCUUUCCCACCCUUUCUGCCCCCGGAUUACAUUUCUCACACCUUCUUCUCUCCUUUUUUCCCCAAAAGGAAAGGCUACUACUCCCGGAGGUUCCAGUCAGCUUCACACCAAUUGCACAAUGGGAGGGAACCACAAGAGUGUGGAUGAUGUAACGUUGCAGUUUCAACAUACAGUUUGCAGUAAUGAUGGGCAAGGCCCCUUUAUUUGGUCUUCUCCGGAAGGGGGUUGUCAAAUUGAUAUAGGGAAAAAAAUCUUCUGCAACAGAUCUUUAAAUAUGAAGAAUAUUGUUGCUGUUGGGUUUGAUAUGGAUUACACUUUGGCUCAAUAUAUGCCUGAAACUUUUGAAUCCCUUGCUUAUGAAGGCACAAUCAGAAAGCUAGUGUAUGAUUUGGGAUACCCUCGUGAGUUGCUGGAAUGGACCUUUGAUUGGAAGUACAUGGUCAGAGGCUUGGUUCUUGAUAAAAAGAGAGGCAACAUUUUGAAGAUGGAUAGACACAAAUAUGUUAAGGUAGCCUAUCAUGGAUUUAGAGAGAUGUCAAAGGAAGAUAAAGUUGGGACGUACGGAAAUACUUUGAUACGAGAUUCUUUUGAUGAGCCUGACUAUGCACUUAUUGACACCCUUUUUUCGCUAGCAGAAGCGUACUUGUUUGCCCAACUCGUUGACUUCAGGGAUAAGUAUCCUUCAAAAGUUCCAGAUGGUGCCGACUACUCUCGUAUGUAUAAGGAUGUUCGAGCUGCAGUUGACUUGUGCCAUCGUGAUGGGACUUUGAAGAAAAUGGUUGCAAAAGAUCCUAAAAAGUAUAUUAAUGAUGAUACCUCAAUAGUGCCCAUGAUGAAGAUGCUUAGAGAUUCUGGCCGUUCAACAUUCUUAGUGACAAAUAGUUUAUGGGACUAUACAAAUAUCGUGAUGAAUUUCCUUUGUGGCCCCCGGAUGUUGGAUGGUAGCGCCUCUUCCAAUUUUGACUGGCUUCAGUACUUUGAUGUUGUCAUUACUGGCAGUGCAAAACCAAGUUUUUUCCAUGAUGACAAUCGCGCCAAUCUUUUUGAGGUUGAACCUGAGUCGGGAAUGCUACUUAACACUGAUAAUGGCACUCCUAUGCCACAGGUGGGAAACACAUCACCAAGAUUCCCAUUGAAGGGGCUGAAAAAGACAUGUAGAGUCUUCCAGGGAGGCAGUGUUGGUCAUUUGCACAAACUACUUUCAAUUGAGUCAAGUUCACAGGUUCUUUAUGUUGGGGAUCAUAUCUAUGGGGAUAUAUUGCGCAGCAAAAAAGUUCUGGGCUGGAGAACAAUGCUGGUUGUUCCGGAGCUCGAGAGAGAGGUUGAACUCCUCUGGGAAUUGAGGGAUACCAGAAAGCAACUUCGAUUGUUAAGGAAUGAGCGAGAUCUCAUUGAAGACAAAAUACAUCAUUUGAAGUGGUCUCUCAAGUUUGAUGGUGUCCAUCUUGAUGAGAAGCCAAUGUUAGCUACUGAACUAAGCAAAUUGGAGUCUCAGAGGGAGAAAGUUCGCCUCUGUCAUCAACAGGCUCAACGGGAAUGUCAUCAAAAGUUUCACAAGGUCUGGGGACAACUCAUGAAGACUGGCUAUCAGAACUCUCGCUUUGCACAUCAGGUGGAGAGAUUUGCGUGUCUCUACACUAGCCAAGUGACCAACCUCAGCCUCUACUCUCCAGACAAAUACUACAGACCCAGUGAGGAUUUCAUGCCCCAUGAAUUUGAUAUCCUCUCCAUCUGAAGCUCUUUUGCUCUGACAAUGGGAGGCCCUCGACAUCUUCAGGAAAGAGCCAUUCAUUUUUGGCUUUUCUUAGCAUGGACACAGCUUUUAGCAUUUUACCCAACAUCUUUUCCUUGUUUCCCCUUUUUCUUAAUAGAAAUUAUUCCUAAUUUGCUCAAAAUGUAUUGUGAUGCAAUGGAAGCUCACCGCAGCACAUUGUACCAAGAUAUUGGGUGCUGCAUUUAAUUAAAUAUUGAGCUAAUUAGUUUUAGCAUUCAAGAAAAUCUCUCGUUUGUGCUCAGUGGUGUAGUCCUUCACAGGCCUAUUGUAAUUCUCUAUUUCUAUCGGGCAUAGGCUAUAUACACCAGUGGGCCUCAAUCGAAGUUAGCCUCAGAAGUGACUAUUGUAAUUUUGUUUAGGACUCAAUGAGCCCAGCUAAGUCUCAUGGAGUUGCUGAGAGGAUCUUGGAGUUGGUGAAUAUUUAUGGUUUUGCGAUUAUAAAAAGGUAUGUGGUGAAAUAAACGAGCUUGAAUUUAUGAUUUUGAA